AUGUCGACCUCCGUGCAGAUGGAAGCGGCGGCGGAGAGGAGGUACGGCGGAGUCGGCCGUUGCAAGUGCUCCUUCUGGUUCGCCGUGGCCCACGACAUCCUCGGCGUGCUCAUCAUGAUGGUUGGAGUGUUCGGGGGCCUGGCCAUCCACGACCUUUUCAUCUACGCCGGCGCCAUCGUCAUCUUCCUCAGCCUCAUCUGGUGGGUGUUCUGGUACUCAGGCAACAUCGACGUGCCGCCCGAGGAACUGGAGGACGACGUGGGCCUCAUUAAGCCGAGGAAUAGAGGACUGAGCCGAGUGGUGAGGCGCGUGUCCAACCAGCUCUCCAGCGGUAUACGGUAUUCUCUGAGAAAGAACGCCGGCUCGACCAGAGAGGGCCCUGUGGGUAAAAGACCCCAAAACACUGAGGGGUCACUCUUCACCAUCUACGACAGCAGCGUGGCCUCGUCAUCAAAGCAACUUGUGAGAGAGACACUAUCUAUAUGA